AUGCCCCAGCCAACCGUCGAGAUUGUCCCAUACCUCGCGACCCCCCUCCCGCCCCUCCGGGAGUCCUACCCCCCCGGAACGGGCGGUACGGGUCCUCGGUCCGAGUUCAAGGGGGCGUUGAAAACUGUGGAUGUCAUCAAGGGCCUCGAGGGGGAUGUGGAGAAGUACCUCAAGACGAUCCCAAACGAGCCGAUCCACCCGCACCCUACCCACAAAUACCCCAAGUUCGUACAGGCCAUGAGCACCAUUCCGCAGGUCAUCAAGUCGCCUACGGAUCUGCAGACAUGCCUGUCGACCCUCCCCCUCGCUGGUGUCUCCUCCAUGCUUACCACUCUGGACUGCAAGGAGGCCGGGAUUGAGCCGGGACCGAAGGGCGCCCAGGGGAUGGAUGCUGCGGGGUACGAGAGCGACGGAGGCGAAGAAGCCGAGACGCGCGGACACGUUCCCAAGGACGACAGGGUCAAGCCGUGGUACUGGCAGUACAGCAAGUCUCCCAUGGGAUCAGGGGAGUUCCUUCUCAUGCAGAAGGGGUCGGACAAGGUGCACCUCGUCGUGCGCACGGUCAACUCGGCGGCGUUCUCGGGACACGACUGGGAGGAGUAUGUCGUUUCGGGCGACUACCGCUACAACACCAAGUCCAAAGCCUCGUGGUACUGGUCCCGGACAUACGGCGCCACCACGCGUCUCGACUGCACCCACUAUGUCCUGACCGACUGGCAGCGAUGGGCGUUUGGCGUAUUCGACGAGUCGCGCGCGCACGGCUAUGUGAGCGACGUGUGGGCGUACGACAAGACUGGGCCGAGCGUCAUGCAGGCGUUGUUUUACUGGGCUAGGUCCGCUAUUGGCAAACCGAACGGAUUCCAGAUUCCCUCUUCCUCCUCCGAGUCUUCCAAGUCGGGCGAUAAGGAAAUCUUUACCGAUAAUCCCGCUCGAAGGAGCAGUAUCUCGGGCACCAAGCCGCGUACGCCUAAGGACCCGAGGAAGGUCAAGGCUGCGAAUGAGAGUGAUAUCGAGGAGAGUGACGCUGAGGACGCUGCGUGA